AUGAGCGCUCUCAAGUUUUGCGGCGAAUGCAACAACAUGCUGUACCCGCGGGAGGACAAGGAGACGCGCACGCUGCUCUACGCCUGCAAUUCCUGCGAGCACCAGGAGCUUGCCACUGACACGUGUGUGUACAAAAGGGUUAUCCGUAAAUCUGCUGGGGUACCUAAAGAUAUAUUAAAAGAUGCAGCAAGUGAUCCCACUCUGCCUCGCACCAGAAGUAUUAGAUGUUACAACUGCGGCCAUCCAGAGGCUGCUUUUUUCCAGGCUCCAACCAAGGGAGAGCGAGGCCUGACGCUUUACUUCAUCUGCUGCAACCCGAGCUGUGGUCACAGGUGGAGGGAUUGACGGCAUCGUUCACGGCACUUAAUCUUUGGCCGUUGUAGCGUUGUUCUUGCUCAUACCCAGUGCUAUCUGGAACUUAAAGCUAGUAAUGUAGUGGUUUGUGAACUGUGACUGAAGUAGCUUCGAAGUCACUUAACUGCUGUGGUCUGUGGAGUCACCUGAAUGUGUCCGGGGCUGUUCUCCGCGUUUUCCAGGAUUCGUUGUGAAUUUGAAGCUAAACUGAUGCUGAUCGGGCCCACUAUAUCCAUGGGCUUUUAAGCCCAAAUUAUUGGGCCUAGCCUAUGAAAGCCCAUGUAUUACACCUACAUGGGUUUCUCUAUGCUUAUACUCCGUAUCUGAUACUAGUAUGAUUCAGUGGCUGUAUAUCUUUUGAUUGUAUGCGAAUAUAUAUAUGUGAUACUCUCGUAUGAAAUAUAUCUGUUAAUCGAACUCACACACCUCGA